UGAAAAUUUGCAAUUCCCCUUUUUUCUGUCGUUUGUCAAUAUAUAACCAUGGCCGUCCGCUUGAGUACUCGUGACAGACCCUUUUGAACCAUCAUAACAUCCUGAAAAGCAGCUAUAAAUAACUUGCAUACGCCACACACUCGCCACACAUACUAUACCAUCUGCCUUCUAAACUACAUUCGGCCAUCAACACAUCAACCAAUCACAAAUAGUCAAGCAGUGCUUGCACACCAUCUUCUCAUAUCAACCAGCAUGUCCGUAUCAGGAGCGUCACAAACAUCAUCCAAGCGCUACUCAAUAGUCGAGCCACAUCCAUCAGUCCCCUCAACACACUACCUGACAACGGGCCGUGGCGGCGCCGGCAAUGUCACUCGAGCACCCACGAUCGUGACAGCAGGCAGCGACGCUUCAGGUCCCGCAGCACGCACAUUACUCUGCUCUGUCACCGCACCGCGCAAGACCUUCACCGCUGGCCGCGGCGGGGCAGGCAACGUCUACCCAUCCAGUGAGCGCGCCAUCUUCUCUUUCGACGAGGAACUCGAGGCGCAGCUCGCCCAGGAACGCCACGCCGCGCCCGUGUACCAUGUCGGUCGGGGCGGUGCGGGCAACAAAGCACCAGCGUCCUCGUCAUCAUCAAACAACAACAGACUGUGGCUCGACGUAAACACCAGCGGUGCUGGUAGACGGCGAAGCAGCGACCAGAGCUUCGCGAGCACCAGUUCCGCUGAGAGUGGGGCCGACGUCUUCAAUCGCAACAUCAAGAAGAGCAUCAAAAAGGUGAUGGGUGUCGGAUACUAGACGGCUGGUUAACACCGUCGUUUUCUGACGGUUCUACGAAUCGUUUGCUUUUUGGCGUGGCGUUUUGGAUGGACUUAAUCAUUUAGCAUGGCAAGGAACAGGAUCAAGCAUUACGCAUUGGGAAAUGGGGUUAGGGAUGCAAACAAAUGCUCCCUGGGAUCUGUGAGGGUGCAUCCGCGACCUGGUCAUGGUACGCUUCGGACAUAGCAUGGCACAAGCGGGCAUCACAUUAGCAUAGCAUUUGGGAUGACACGGUACUCAUCGGAUCCCAUUUCAACGAAGUUACGACGCACAAAACAAAGUGCAUACGCAUCAGCGACUUUAAUAUCAUCUCAAUGAUCCAAAUGACUUUUGAAACUUUCGAUAU